AGGGCGGCGGCCUGGGCCCGCCGAGCCAUGGCGGCCCCGGAGCCGGCGCCGAGGCGAGGCCGCGAGCGGGAGCGGGAGGACGAGAGCGAGGACGAGAGCGACAUCCUGGAGGAGAGCCCGUGUGGCCGCUGGCAGAAGCGGCGGGAGCAGGUGAACCAAGGGAAUAUGCCGGGAAUCCAGAGCACCUUUCUGGCCAUGGACACGGAGGAGGGGGUAGAAGUGGUGUGGAACGAACUCCACUUCGGUGAUAGGAAAGCCUUUUCGGCCCAUGAGGAGAAGAUCCAGACCAUGUUUGAGCAGCUGGCGCUGGUGGACCACCCCAACAUAGUCAAGCUGCACAAGUAUUGGCUGGACGCCUCUGAGGCUCGCGCAAGGGUCAUCUUCAUCACAGAAUACGUGUCGUCUGGCAGCCUCAAGCAGUUCCUCAAAAAGACCAAGAAGAACCACAAGGCCAUGAACGCCCGGGCCUGGAAGCGCUGGUGUACGCAGAUCCUGUCUGCACUCAGUUUUUUGCACGCCUGCAGUCCCCCCAUCAUCCACGGGAACCUGACCAGCGACACCAUCUUCAUUCAGCACAAUGGCCUCAUCAAGAUCGGCUCUGUGUGGUACCGCAUCUUCUCCAAUGCCCUACGCUCUUCCUUAGCACUUCCUGAUGAUCUCCGGAGCCCCAUCCGCGCUGAGCGGGAAGAACUUCGAAACCUGCACUUUUUCCCACCAGAGUAUGGUGAAGUCAAUGAUGGGACUGCAGUGGACAUCUUCUCCUUUGGGAUGUGUGCACUGGAGAUGGCUGUACUGGAGAUCCAAGCCAAUGGGGAUACCCGGGUCACAGAAGAGGCUAUUGCUCGAGCCAGACACUCACUGAGUGACCCCAACAUGCGGGAAUUCAUCCUCUCCUGCCUGGCCCGGGACCCUGCCCGCAGGCCCUCUGCCCAUAACCUGCUCUUCCACCGAGUGCUCUUAGAGGUGCAUUCGCUGAAGCUGCUGGCAGCCCACUGCUUCAUCCAGCACCAGUACCUCAUGCCAGAAAAUGUGGUAGAAGAAAAGACCAAAGCAAUGGAUCUACAUGCAGUCUUGGCUGAGAUGCCCCAACUCCAAGGACCCCCAAUGCAGUGGCGGUACUCAGAGGUCUCCUUCUUGGAGCUGGACAAAUUCCUAGAGGAUGUCAGGAAUGGGAUCUAUCCAUUGAUGAACUUUGCGGCUGCCCGGCCCCUGGGACUUCCCCGUGUGUUAGCACCACCCCCAGAGGAGGCCCAGAAGGCCAAAACCCCAACACCAGAACCCUUUGACUCAGAGACCAGGAAGGUGGUCCAGAUGCAAUGCAACCUGGAGAGAAGUGAGGACAAGGCUCGGUGGCAUCUUACUCUGCUUUUGGUACUGGAAGAUCGUCUACAUCGACAGCUGACCUAUGACCUGCUCCCAACUGACAGUGCCCAGGACCUUGCCGCUGAACUUGUGCACUAUGGCUUUCUGCAUGAGGAUGACCGGACAAAGCUAGCAGCCUUCCUGGAGACCACCUUUCUCAAGUACCGUGGGACACAGGCUUGACCUUCUCAGUCCUGGCAGCCCAGCAGGGAUACCAGGGCUUGGGGUUGUCCACUUGGCAAAGAGCCCCAUACUGCUCAGAGCUGCCUUCUGCCUGUGUUCUGUGGAACCAAUGAACACUGUGGAACCAAUGAACACAAGCCCUGCUAGUGAAGACACCGCCCCCACUCCGUUUUAUACAGCAAUAUGGGUGCCUGGAGUGGUGAUGGAGCCCCAAGCCUGCAUGAAAGUAGAGGAUACAGGUCAUUUAGGACAACAGCCAUACCUUCAGAUGAUAUAGACACCUAGGGAAGGAGUCUGAAUUCAAAAGUAAUAAAGCCUGUUCAGGUGUCAAACACAAUCCUGGGCAUCAGGCAGAUCAGAUGUGGUUGGAGAACCAGAGGUUAGAGAGCUUGGGAUUGGGUCCAUGGCCAGCAAACUCCUGGUCCCACCCAUGCCAGUUCCAGUCCCAUGCAGACCUUCCCUGAGCCCUUCCUCUAAUCUUCCACAUACUUGAGACCAGAACCUAUGUCCUCCCCAGUGUCUUCCAGCAGGAUCUUUUUGUUCUUCAUUCCAGAUCUGAGGGCUCAGAGGUCUGACAUCCUCUGCACCUCCUCCCUGGGGAAGUUGUGUGUUGGAAUUCUGAGACUGAGGGCUCCUGGCCCCCCGUUUGUCCCCAAGCCAACUUGUCUCAAUCCUACUCAUUGCAAAGUCUUGAUAGAGUCUUCCCCUCACAACCACCCUGAUUUCUUGGUUCUUGAACUGCCUGUCUUCCAACUUCAAAUUUAAAGGUCUCCAAUGUUUUUAAAUGUAUAAAUUUAAUGCAUUCAAGUUCCUUUUGAAACACUUCUUCAUCUGUGAAACCAGAAAGGCUCACUACUGUAUUAUUAAUAGUUCCAUAUUGCUGCUGUCACAUUUACCACAAACCUAGUAGCUUGAGACAACACAGAUACUGUUCUGUACAUCGGAAGUUUGCUUCAGGCCCUCACUAGACUAAAACCCAGGCAUCAGUGCCUGUGUUUCUUUCUGGAAGGUGGGAGUGAGUUGUGGGUGGAGCUCACCUCCUGCUCCUUCAAGCUAUUGGCAGAAUUCCCUGCCAUGGUAAGGCAGAAAUUCCUACUUUCUUACAGCUGCCAACUAAGAGCGCUUCUCAUCUUCUAGAAGCCACCAAUUUUUCUUAACUCUCCUUCCACCUUCAAGACCAGCAGCAUCAGGUUGAAUAUUUAUCAUGGACUAGCUGUCUGGUUUUCCACUGCCUGGAAGGUUGGGGCCUUUUGUGAGUAGGUUGGACCCACCUACAUAAUCUAGGAUGAUAUCCCUCUCAGGGUCUGUAGAGGAGCCACACCUGCCAAGUACCUUUUACUAUGGAGACUAAUCAUCCUGGGUUUUGGUGCUGUGGAUACCAUGGGCACACGCAGGGGUGGGGGUCUUGUUGUGUUGCCUACCAUACCAUCUUAACCAAAACCUUAAAAAAAGCAGAUUUGUCAUGGGACAUCUAAUAAAUUGAAUGAACACUGA